AUGUCUGGAAGAGGAAAGGGCAGUGGGAAAGGUCGCGCUAAGGCGAAGUCUCGGUCGUCCCGGGCUGGCCUGCAGUUCCCGGUGGGCCGUGUUCACAGGCUCCUGAGAAAGGGCAACUAUGCUGAGCGUGUGGGUGCCGGAGCGCCGGUCUAUCUGGCUGCGGUGCUGGAGUAUCUGACGGCUGAAAUCCUGGAGCUGGCCGGCAACGCGGCCCGGGACAACAAGAAGACCCGCAUCAUCCCCAGGCACCUGCAGCUGGCCGUGCGCAACGACGAGGAGCUCAACAAGCUGCUGGGAGGGGUGACUAUCGCUCAGGGCGGGGUGCUGCCUAAUAUCCAGGCCGUGCUGCUGCCCAAGAAAACUUCCGCUGCUGGAUCUGCUAAAAAGUGA